AGGAGCUAUAUAGUGCUCUAGAAAAAGUACCCAUUCACCUGUUAAAAAGGAGGCUUGUACAAGAACCGCCGAUUUGCACUAUGGUACGGUGGCGUCAAAUAACCGGCUACUGACGGAGGCAACACGAUGGCGGCCGACAUGGCCCAGAACGUGGAUGUCGCCUGCUACUACGUGACCAAGGUGUCCUGGAAGGGCCGCUACCAGCGGGUCUUCUCGGUGGGCACCCUGGGCAUCCGCACGUACAACCUGAACAACAUGGAGGUGACCAACCAGUGGGCGUACGGGGAGCUGCUCUCCAUCCUGCCCAGCAAGGGCGGCAUGGAGUUCUCCAUCACCUUCCGCAAGGGCCGCAAGGGCGAGGGCGCCAUGCGCUUCUCCUCCGAGCACCGGGCCGAUAUCAUCACCCAGGCGCUGAACUUCAAGCACCUGUUUGCCGAGCCACGCGAGGACUGCACGCGCUACAUGGGGCGCAAGCACCACUGGUCCGAGCGGGAGAUUCCCGUGGUGCUGGAGGUGGGGCCCCAGGGGCUGUCCCAGCUGGAGCCCCACUCGCCGUCCCCCGUGGCCCUCUACCCGUACCGGGACCUGGUGGCGCUGGUCGCACUCUCGGACACACCAGGCGGACUCGCCCUCGUCGUGGGGUCCUUCGACCGCCUGCACGUGUUUGUGGUGGAGAAGCGGGAGGAGCUGAUGAAGCAGGCGGUGAACUGUGCCGGUCAGCACGUGGGGGUCUCCGUGGCCUUCAGGGAACCCAUCAGCCUGGCGUCUGCACUCCAAGUGCGCCUGGGGCGCUUCAGCACGGACGAGGCACUCACCUCCCUCUGCGAAUUCGUGGUGCACAAGGUCACACCGAGGCACAAGGAGCCGGUGAAGCGCCUGCUCUGCUUGACGGAGAGCUGUCUGGUGGAGCGGGACCCCUCGAGCUACACCGUGGUCACCCUGCGUCCGCUGGCAGACGUGUGCCGCAUCGUGCGUUGCCGAGAGCAUCUGCAGCAGUUCAUUGUGGAGUACGGGCAGGGCGACGUGCGGCACUACACUUCCACUGACAGGGAUGCCCUUCUGGCCACGGUGCUGGACGGGGUGCGGGCCUCGGGCAACGGCAACGUGCACAUGGGGCUGGAGCGGGAGGCGAGGGGCCGCCGGAUCGGGCCACCCUGGGCUCCCAGCGAGGAGGACGUCGAGGCCGCCUUCCUGCGCUUCCUGCACCUCCGGCCGCCCUCUGCUGGCUGGAGCAACCGGGAGCUUCUAGAACGCUUCAACAGCAAUGUGCCUUACAGUGGGCUGCUACACACAGCCUCCAAAGAGGGCUUUUUCUCCGAGAACAAGGAGAAGCAGGUGCAGAAUGGGCUGGUCGCCAUCCUGGACUGGGACAGUUCUCAGCAAGAGGACCUGGAGCCACUAUUCCAGGCAAUCAGGCGGCUGGUGGCCUGCAGGGCAGGCUUCGCCGCAUUCACGCAGGUCCCCAGGGUGCGCGAGCGCAUCGGCAACCUGGUGGUGAAGGCCCUCAAGCGAGACGACCCGGGGGUGACCUAUGCAGCUGUCGACAUGCUCUGUGCCCUGAUGCAGCCAAUGCACGACAAUGGAGACCUUUACCAAGAGCAGAUGAACAAGACAGCCUUGCUGUCAUCCAAGCCGUUCCUCGAGUUACUCAUGUCACUGCUGGUGCAUCACGUGGAGAGGGGAACGGGCACCCUGGUGGUGAGCAGCCUGCUGGACCUGCUGACCUUCGCCAUGUGCCACCCGUACAGCGAGACCACCGAGGGGGCGCAGUUCGACUCCCUCCUCGACCUGGUGGCCUCCCACGGCCGCAUCAUGUUCCGUCUUUUCCAGCAUCCAUCUGUAGCAAUAGUCAAAGGAGCCGGAAUGGUGAUGAGAGCCAUCAUUGAGGAAGGAGACGCGGGGACUUCCCGACGCAUGCAGGAGCUGGCGCUGGCGGAAGCGGCGCUGGCCCGGCACCUGCACGACGCCCUGUUCGGGGGCGGGGGCGACUCCCGGCUGCUGGCGCUGCGCCAGCUGAGCCGCCACCUGGUGGGGCUUUGGGUGGCCGGCCACCAGGAGGCCAUGGGGGCCCUCAAGCGCAUGCUGCCCCCGGGGCUGCUCGCCUUCCUCGAGGACCCCGCCAAGCCCCCCGCCGAGGCCGUGGAGAGGCUGCCCGAGCGGGACAACCUGCGCCUGGCAACCGAGCACCCCAGCGGCGGACACCAGGUGCCCUCCAAGAUGGCGCAGCAGCUGCGCCACGUGGAGCGCCAAGUGGAACGCUUCCUGCAGCACUGGCGCCAGCACAUUCACCCGGAGCACGUCGAGGAGAAGCAGGCAAGGCCCGUGGUGCUGCGCAAGCGCCGUCAGCGGGUCAAGUCCGACGUGAACUGGCCCAUGUUCUACUACCAGUUCCGGCAGGACCACGCCCGCCCCGACCUCAUCUGGAACUUCAGGACCCGGGAGGAGCUUAGGGACGCCCUGGAGGCAGAGCUGCGCACCUUCAGCCACGACCAGGAGCUGAGCCAAGGCACCCCGGUGUCCUGGAACCAUCGGGAGUUUGAGGUGCUCUAUGCCAGCCUAGCCGACGAGGUCCGGGUUGGGGACUACUUCCUGCGGCUCCUGCUUGAGGAGGACCAGAACUCGGAGGGGCCGGGGGCCUCCUACAUCCGGCGCUCGUCGGAGUUCUUCAACGACCUGUACCACAGCUUCCUGUUGGCGUCUCGGGUGGAGCGCCGCUGCCAGUGCCUGCAGGCCAUGGCACUAGUGUACGCCCGUCACCACGAGGAGAUCGGGCCCUUCUCCGACACCCGUAACAUGCUCGCCAAGCUGGAGCAGUGCAUGGAUCGACUAGAACGGGACAGACUCCUGCUGUUCCUCAGCAAGCUCAUGCUGAACCAGAAAAACGUGAAGGACCUGUUGGAUGUGAAUGGUCUGACUACCCUGGUUGACCUGGUGACGUUGGCACACCUGCACACAGCACGGGCACUAGUGCCCACUCAGAUGAAUGUCAUUGAGGCAUCUCCAGAGAUGAUGAUAGACACGGAGAAGGAGUGGUACUAUGGGACUGGUGAGGACCACAAGGGGCCCUUCAGCUUUUCCGAGAUGAAGGCGCUGUGGGCAGAGGGCCAGCUGACGGAGCGCUCGCAGUGCUGGGCCGCCGGCAUGGGCAGCUGGCGGCCGCUGCACAAGAUCGCCCAGCUACGCUGGGGCCUGGCGGCCACGGGCAGCGCGCUGCUGGACGACGGUCAGCUGGCGGCCACUGUGCUCAGCAUGCUCAUCACCAUCUGCAGCUACUACCCUUCCAGAGAAACAGAUGGCGCAGUGGUGCGACCACUUCCCCGGGCCAAGCGGAAACUAUCUGAACGUUCCUGUCUAGUGCAUAUAGUGCAGGUUCUGCUGACCUUCGACCCCGUGCUGGUGGAGAAGGUGGCAGUGCUUCUCCUGUCUGUGAUGGAGGACAACCCUGCGGUGCAGCAGCUCUACACCACGGGCUUCUUCUUUUUCGUGUUGCUCUACACGGGCUCCAACCUGCUGGGCAUCGGCCAGCUCCUGCACUACUCACACACCAGCCAGGCCUUCCGGCUGGACGAGGGCAGCACCUUGAGCCAGAGGAGCAUCCUGGGCCAGAUCCUGCCGGAGGCCAUGGUCUGCUACUUAGAGAACCACGGGGCGGCCAAGUUUGCUGAGAUCUUCCUCGGGGAGUUCGAUACCCCGGAGGCCAUCUGGAAUGCCGAGAUGAGGCGCUUCAUGAUGGAGAAGAUUGCCAGCCACCUGGGGGACUUCACUCCCCGGCUCAAGUCAAACACCCGGGCCCAGUACGAGUACUGCCCCAUCCCGGCGGUGCGCUACCCGCAGCUGCAGCACGAGCUCUUCUGCAACAUCUAUUACCUGCGCCACCUGUGCGACACCGACCGCUUCCCGGACUGGCCCAUAGCAGAGCCUGUGGUUCUGCUGCGUGAGGUUCUGGCACGCUGGCGCCAGGAGCUGGAGCGGAAGCCCCCCGAGCUGUCCCUGGAGGACGCCUGCCGCACCCUGAAGCUGUCUGCUGACGACAGGUCGGAUGACAACAAGAUCCGGCGUGCCUACUUUCGGCUGGCCCAGAAGUACCAUCCGGACAAGAACCCAGACGGCAGGGAGGCCUUUGAGCAAGUGAACAAGGCGUACGAGUUCCUCUCGGACAAGUCACAACGGCGCUCGGAGGGUCCGGACCCAGUGAACCUGCAGCUGAUCCUUAAAACGCAGGCCAUCCUGUUCAGCAGACACGGCACGGAGCUGGGUCCGUACAAGUAUGCCGGCUAUGGGCUGCUGAUCCAGACACUGGAGGCGGAGGUAGACGACCCCCAACUGCUAAGCAAGGCCACGCCCCUCCUGGGAGUGGCCACCGAGGCCUGUCUGCACACACUGCGCUGCUCGCCCCUCAACGUAGAGGAGCUGCGCAGGGAAGGCGGACUCCAGGUGCUGGUGCGUGCAGUGUCCCGCAGCGUGGAGGUGCUGAACCAGAGCUCUGGGCCGGGUUCCCUGGAGGCCCAGGUGUUGUCCCACACGGCCUCCUGCUUGGCCGUGGCCGCCCAGUUCCCGGCCUGCUGCCAGGCCCUGGCCGGCAUGGAGGGCCUGGCAAGAGACAUCUGCCGGGGACUCUACUUCGAGCACCUCUCGGAGCUGUCCCUGGUGCUGGUGCGCUGCGUGGGGGCCCUGGCGGUGGAUGCCUGCCUGCAGACGCUGCUGCUGGAGGCCGGGGCCCUCUUCCCGCUGCUGCUCUUCAUGUUCCGCUACGACUACACCCUGGCCGAGGGGGGCGUCGACUCUUCGGCCUCCAGCAACCAGCAGGAGGUGCUAAACCAGCUGGCAGAGCAGAGUGUGAUUGCCUGUGGCCGCCUGGGUGGUCUACUCUCUGGGGCGCAGUCGUCACCCCCGCACCCUGGUGUGCGUGGGGUGUUGGGCGCCUUGCUGACACCGUACUUGGUGCGCAAGAUGGCCCUGCUGACGCCCGCGGAGCUGCUGUGUCUGCUCACUGCCAACACCCACAGCCCGUACCUGAUCUGGGAUAACGGCACCCGCCAAGAGCUCAGGGACUACCUGAAGACGCAGCAAAGGAGCAUGGUGCGAUCGGGAGAGUGCGACGAGUCCCGCGGAGCGGACUUCCUCUACUCGUCCCACAAAGACGAGCUGGUGGUGGGUGACGUGUAUGUGCGCGUCUACAACGAGCAGCCCACCUUCCCGCUGGAGAACCCCCGGCAAUUCAUCCUGGACCUGCUGGACUUUGUAGGGUCUCAGGCCCAGUACCUGCACUCGGCGCGGUCCCUGACGGAGGCACCCACGGCUCACCGUUUUGAGCAGUCGGAGCAGGCGCUGCUCGCCCUGCAUAACGCGCUGCGCAACAACCCAGGCCUGGAGUCCCUGUGUAUCGGACACCUGCGCCUGCUGUUCUGCCUGCUGAGCUUGGAGGGGUGUGGCAGCUUGCAGCUGGCCACGGUGCAGGUGAUCCAGGUGCUGACAGGCAGCCAGGACUGCGUGCAGGACGUGGCCUCCUGCGGGGUGCUGGGACACCUGCUUCUCACCCUGGCCGCCUCCAGCAGUCCCCAGAUGCGGCUGGCGGUGAUGGAUGCGCUGCUGCCCCUCAUGUCCAACAGCAAGCUGGUCAAGGAGGCCAUUGGGAAAGGGGCGCUGGUGUAUCUACUGGACCAGUGGUGCAACGGCCAGCAGGGGUCGCUGCGUGAGCGCACGGCGGAGCUGCUGGUCAAGAUGGCGGCAGACAAGCUGCACGGGGCGCGCCUGCAGCGCAACCUGGAACGCUUCCUGCCGCCCCUCUUUCUGGACGCCAUGCGGCAGAGCCCCACCGAGGCCCUGCACCUCUUCCAGGGCAACCAAGAAAACCCGGAGCUGGUGUGGAACGAGGAGUGCCGUGAGCGCCUGUGCAGUGGAGUACAGCGCCUCGCGCAGGAGCAGCUGCAGCUGCACAGGAAGGACCCAGAUGCCCUCUGUAAGCUCCCCGACGACCUAAACCUGGUACAGCGCGAUCCCGGGGAGCUGGUGGUGGCCGGGGUGUAUGUGCGCCUGCUCGUCCAGAACCCCGGCUGGUCCCUGAGGCGCCCUGUGGAGUUCCUCUCGGAGGGCCUCAACGCCCUCUGCGCCCUGCUGGCCAGGGAGCCACACCAGCCGGAGCAGCUGGAACUCCUGUGCCAGGCCCUGUGCGGGGUCCUGCAGCGCCAGCCCCCGCUGCGUGAGCGGCUGCCCGCCAUGGGCCACCUCCCCCAGCUGGCACAGGGGGCGCUGGCCGUCGCCCCCGCGCGCCUCUGCUGCCUGCGCCUGCUGCACGAAGCGGCGCACAGCCAGGCGUGUGCCCAGGCCCUUGCAGCGACGCAGUGCGUGUCCUCACUGGCGGAGUCCCUGCGCCAGCGGCAGAGCCCCGAGGUGGUGCAGCUGGCCUGCCAGCUUCUGCAUGUCCUGCUCCAGAGGGAAGUGCCGGCCCUGGUCCAGCAGGCCGUGCAGAGUGGCCUGGUGGAGCAGCUGCUGACCCUGCUGGGCCAGACGUGGGCCCCGGCCGCCACCAAGGCCCUGGCCGUGCAGGCACUCAAGGCCAUGGCCAGCGACCUCGGCAGCGGAGACCAGGUGACCGGGCUGCUGGGGCAGUCCCCCAUCUGGUCCGACUACAGGGACCAGAGGCACGACCUGUUUGUGGCUGCCACGCCCACCGCCGGAUGCCUGCCCAGUUCCAGCGCAGGCUACCUGACCCAAGGACAGACCGGGGUGCUGCUGCCCCAGUCCCCGCCCCCGCUGGGACACAGCUGAUGCCGCGCCGCCUCUGCUUGUUUUUGUUACGCUACUUUAAUUAUGGCUGGCUCGUGAGGGCCCAUGUUCCAAUAAACUUUGUCACUCUUGUU